CUUUCCAACUUCCAAUUCUUACGUUUCCAAAAUAGGCCUUACUGCCAGUAACGAUCUGUCUGCCGGCGUGAACACUUACGGCAGUGAUCGCGGUUUUAUUCCAAUUAUUUUUUAAAGUUUUUAGGAUGGAUGCCCUUUACCUCUGCGAAUUAUGUCAAGGUCACAUGGGAAUGAUUGAUAAGCAGCCUCGAGUACUCAGCUGUGGCCAUACGUUUUGCUCCCUCUGCAUUCCCAAAUUCUCCACAGAAGGGAGAUGUGUCUGCCCAAAUUGCAAACGUCAACAUUAUUCAAAAGCCUCGGUCGAAAUACCCGUGAACCACGCUCUCGUCAGAAUCAUGCGGGCCGAAAGGUACUCUGCCGGUAGGAGUUCAAAAAACGGCAAGGUUUCGUCUCCUAGUUCAGAGGAGAAAGUGACUGGUUCUGACCCUGGUCCUGAGUCACAAGAGAAGUCUAAACCGUGGUCAGCAGCUACCCAAUUUGCUGGCAAAGGUAAUGACUUCGUUCUGUCCACUGGGGAACCACCACUCCAGAAUGCCGGAGAGUGCCACAGACACGGCACAUAUUGCAUUUUCUGGUGCAAAAGUUGCAAAGAGUGGAUUUGCCCAGAAUGUUCCUCACUCAGCCAUUCGCCCAUACACUGCGAAGUCCUCUCAUUGAAUGAGGCAGUUAACUAUAUUAAGCUGGAGGAAGAUUGUUCCAUCAGGAACACUGUCCAGCUGUUUGACAGCAAUGCCUUCAAGUACCGUGAGAAGCAGUCGGCUCUAAGGGGAAUGAGAGAGAAACACAGAAUCUUGGUCAAGGAACUACAGAGCCUCGCGACCAAGCAUCAAGAGGCAGCUGCAGAAAUGGAGAAGCAGAUUAGUCUCAUUGACCGGAGUCUUGCUGAAGGACUUUCAACUCUGCUGACGUUGCUGGAAUCACAGGGUCUGUUGCUGGCAGCCCAGACUUUGCAAGAGCUUCUGGCAUCACGUCACUUGGCCCAGAUAAACCAAUGCAAAAUCUUGGAAUUGGCACGACCCUGGACUUGUAGAAGACACUAAAGAAAUAGUCAUUUCUAAAAAGUUGCAGAAAUCCACCAGUGCUGCCAUAUCUCUUGUGAAGUAUUUCAUGGCUUCGCCCAAUAACACUACGAUUAGCUCAGCUGUGAGGGAACUGGCUAAUGUAUCAGCAGAGGAUGAGCCUGAUGUAACAGAGACACUGAAUCGCAUCAUGGAAGACCCUACAUGGGAGAAUGUCUUAGAGGAAGCUGCUGUUGAGGGGUCAUUUGAGGGUAGUCCUUCGUCCUUCCUGGCGAGUGGACACACCCAGCAAACACUUGGAAAUUCUAUAGUCCCUGUAGAGAAUUCCGUUCAUGUUGAGAACUUGAUCGAUCUGUUUACCGGAGAAGUAACAGGAGAGGAGGAGAAGAACAGAAUAUGUGUAGCUACAGUGUCCAAGCAAGAAUCACUGGAACAAUGUUUCACAAGCUUGGUCAAAAAUGUGGGAGUGGAUGAGCAAAGAGUUGAGAAGCCAAAACUGCCUCAGGAGGAUAUUAAACGGGAGGUAACCUUUCCUUUAUACCCAUGGAGGAGGGUACCAAAACGACCAGACUUCACAAAAGGUGGCGUUGGAAACCCUGACUGCUUUCUUGGAAUACCCAGCAGCCCUCAGGACGUUGGUGUCCAUGAGGUGCCCACGUCUCCUCAGACUAACGGCCUUCAUGAAGUACCCAGAUGCCCUCGGGCUAAUGAAUCUCCACACAAAAGGAAAGACAGAGAAGAACAUCUAUCAGUCAUCGGAAUAAACAAACAAGUCAUUAAAAGGGAAAGACUAGGGGAGAGUAGCUGGAGUUGUAAGCCUAUUGAGUCAAACACUAACCCACCUGUGAAAUCAGAGGCAGCAGUGAUAAACUCUGCAAGUCUUUACCCAAAUCUGCAGGAGUCCUUCAGUGAGGGCACAAGUUCAAGAGGAUCCAGUCACGAACACCUGUUUUACUAUGCUCUCGGGGGGUUUGAAAGCUCUACUGAAAGCUCUAGGGGCGAGAAACGAGAACGGUCCUGAUGAGGAAUUUGGGGAAUAGGACAAUCUGGACAAUGGGACUGGUAUAAAUUCUAGAUCAGGGGGUUUCCCAGCAAUGGGACUCGAGGCAUAUGAACGAGUGAUCAAUAUUGAAAAGGUAUAAAAGGUAACCAUCAAAUAGAUGUUCCUUUGGGACUGUUAUGCAACUAUACGAUAUAUAUUUGCAAGCUCACAUAAAGGGAGCGAAUGAUCAACCGUCGCAGGAUGGCAAGUAGCUAAAAUUGGUGCAACAGAAGGUGUUUAUAAAACUCCAGUAGUUCUGCACAAAAUGAGCUCGAAGGAGGAAGUUCAGCGGACUGCCAAGACCAGGAAAUGAAAUAAGAGUAAUUCGUAGUUUUAAACCAGACUGAAAAUGAUGACGUCAGAGAAGAAUGUCCAUUUGAAAGUGAGCGAGUCAUCUGGAUAGAACGUCUGUAGAUGGGUUGGACGACCAAGAUAUGGAAAGAAAACUGAUAGCUUACUCGGGGGGAAAAUUAAACUAGGAAUUUUUUAGAGCUUUAGCUGUAUAUGACUAUUUUAAAGACGAAUGGCCUUCAUACGGGGCAGUUGUAUGUAAAUUUUAAUCCAGAUUAUACACUUCUUAGGAAUUUUAUCAAUAAAAAUGUCAUUACAACUGAUGUUAGGAAGACGAGAAGGCGUGGAAAGCCUUUCAUUCUGAGAU